CGUCGGCACUCAAGAAUCUCAGACUCAGCUCAGCUGCUCAACACCCAUUCUUUCAAUCUUUCUCACUUCUAGUUUCUCAAAAUCUCACUUUCAGAAUUCAGACUCUCUCACCUUUCAUUUUUGCCGUUCUCCCAACCCUGUAACCCUAAAUCCCUCCAUUGCCGCUACUGAUCUGCUGGAGCUGCUGCCGGAGCCGGACUACAUACUGCUGCUGGAGUGGACUGCUACCAGACUACACUGCUGCUGCCGAAUCCAUCUGGACUGCUCUUAUCGAACUCGAAGCCAUUUCUAUUAGUGAAUGUUUACGAGACUAAAUGAUUGAAACACACAAUAAAGGAUUGAAACACAAUAAAAAUUUAAUCUUUUUCUCUUCCAGCUAGACAAAUUGCAAAUGAAAACUGACAUGGAAUUACUUGAUGAGGAGAAUGAGAAUUUGAAGAAAGAGAAUGAAAGGUUGAAAAGUGUACAUGAUUUGAUGAAUGGAACUUUGCAAACUCAAGCAAAGUUGAUAGCUCAGUUGAAGGGUGAUCUUGACAUAUUGAAUGAUGAGUAUAAGAAGCAAAAUGUCCUUGUGCAAAGGCUCUCAGAACUAUUAGCAUGCCCUGACCUCCAGCUGGAAAACGAAAGGCUUAAAUUAGAAAAUAGUUAAUUGAGACGUCAUGCAAGUCUAGAUUAUAACAUGGUGCUAGCAGAGGAGAAUGUAAAAUUGAAACUUGAAAAUAAGGUACUCAGAGUGCAGAAUGAUGCUUUGUUUGGGAAAUUAAUUAGUGACAGUGACAAGAGGCAUGCAUGAGAAUUGGCAGGAUGAGCUACCAUUAGCAUAUGUGUGUCAUGUUAAUUCUAUUUCUUACUUUUUCUUUUUGUACAUUGGAUGAUGGGCUAUAUGACAGAAUAUAGCCCCUCCCCACCUGUCUCAGGAUUUGAACUUAAGAUCUCCAACAUGGAGAUUCGAGAUUUUAACCACUAGGACAUUCCCUAGGAGACUUUAUUUCCUACUUGUACGCUCAUUUGCUAUGGGCUUUGUAGCACCAGUGAAUGUUAAAUGAUUUUUUCUUUGAUUACUCAUCUUUUAAUCUCAGUCUCUUGUCAAAGCUCCUUGCCAAGUAAAGUAUUAUACAUGUU